CUCGUUUUCUACAGGAACAAAGGAAUUUUCCAUUUCUCAAACCCAGAAGUCAAAAUUCAAAAUCCUUUUUUCUUUUUAUUUUAAAGUUGAAAAUAAAAACCAUAGAAGAGAGAUUGGUCAUUCCCAUUCUCUCUCCUGAGUUAGUUUUUGAAUCUCUCUCUCUGAUCUCUUUUUCUCUCUCAUUCCAAGCAAAAAAGAACAAAAUCUUUAAAAAUCUCAAUUCCAGAUCUCGAUUUCACGAUUUAACUGAAGAGAAAUAAAGAGAAAAGAGACAGAGAGAUCGAAAGCUUGGACAAGAAAAAAUGAUCACAAUCCCGUAUUUGACUGCUUUGUCCACGUACUUCAGCUAUGGCCUUCUCUUCGCGUUUGGCCAAUUCCGUGAUUUCUUCAGGAAAAUCUUCGAUUGGUGGCACGCCAGCAAUCUCCAGGGUUAUGCUCCGAUCUGUUUAGGACUUGAAGAUUUCUAUACUCGACGCUUGUAUCUUCGCAUUCAGGAUUGUUUUGGAAGACCGAUAUCAAGUGCUCCUGAUGCUUGGUUUCACGUAGUUGAGCGCUACUCCAAUGACAAUAAUAAAACAUUGAAGCGAACUGACAAGAUAAAUAGGUGUCUUAACUUGGGAUCAUACAAUUAUCUUGGCUUUGCUGCAUCUGAUGAAUAUUGCACACCCCGUGUAAUUGAUUCAUUAAAUAAAUUUUCAGCCAGUACCUGUAGUACUCGUGUUGAUGGAGGAACUACGAUAGUGCAUAAAGAACUGGAGGAGCGUGUUGCAAACUUUGUUGGGAAGCCAGCUGCUAUAGUCUUUGGCAUGGGCUAUGUGACAAACUCUGCUGUCCUUCCUGUCCUAAUUGGAAAGGGAGGGUUGAUUAUUAGUGAUUCAUUAAACCACAACUCAAUUGUCAAUGGCGCUCGAGGCUCAGGAGCUACUGUCCGAGUUUUUCAACAUAAUACUCCAUCUCAUUUGGAGAAAGUUCUGAGAGAACAAAUUGCUGAGGGACAGCCCAGGACACAUAGACCAUGGAAGAAGAUAAUUGUUGUUGUGGAGGGUAUUUAUAGUAUGGAAGGCGAAAUUUGUAAACUCCCUGAGAUUGUUGCAAUAUGCAAGAAGUAUAAGGCAUAUGUUUAUUUGGAUGAGGCUCACAGCAUUGGGGCGGUUGGAAAAACGGGAAGAGGAGUAUGUGAACUCUUAGGAGUGGACACUACUGAUGUGGAUAUCAUGAUGGGAACUUUUACAAAAUCUUUUGGCUCUUGUGGUGGUUAUAUUGCUGGAUCCAAGGAACUUAUACAGUAUCUCAAGUUCACUUGUCCUGCUCAUCUAUAUGCAACAGCAAUAUCACCACCAGCUGCACAGCAAAUUAUAUCUUCAAUAAAGGUUAUUCUUGGAGAGGAUGGUUCUAGCAGAGGGGCUCAAAAGCUUGCAAGGAUACGUGAAAAUAGCAACUUUUUCAGGUCAGAGCUGCAAAAGAUGGGUUUUGAGGUCCUUGGAGACAAUGAUUCUCCUGUAAUGCCUAUAAUGCUUUACAAUCCAGCUAAAAUCCCUGCAUUUUCCCGAGAGUGCCUCAAACAAAAUGUUGCUGUUGUUACAGUUGCUUUCCCUGCCACCCCACUACUUUUGGCUAGAGCACGUAUUUGCAUAUCUGCCUCACAUACCAAGGAAGACCUUAUUAAAGCCUUGGAGGUUAUCAGUCAGGUCGGCGAUUUGGUGGGCAUAAAAUACUUCCCUGCAGAGCCUAAGAAGCAGCAGCAGGAGGGGAAACGCACAAUCAAGUUGGAGUGAAAAGUUUUGAAAACUGGCGGAGUGGAUAGCCGGAAUUUUAGGUUUGAUUUAACUAGCGAUUCUUCAUCAGUCACUUGUUUGAUUAUUGUAUUCUCUCUCUGAAAAUCAGGGAAGUUUGUAGAACCAAUUGCCUCAGCAUCCUAAGGUUCGUUCCUAUGUGUUUUA